CGACUGUUUAUUAGAAUUUUCCCUUAUGGAAGAAAAUUCUGAGAAAAAUGUCAACGAAAGAUUUCAAAAUAACUGUCUCCACACUUUGGCAAAAAGUUAUGCUCGGAACUCUUUUACUGUCAGCACAACAUGCUUGCCCUCACCCAUUUAGGUUAGACGGCCGACUGUAACCUGCCGCAGUUGAACUAUUUACCAUUUGUUGAAAAUCUUCACGGCUUUGAUGUUGUGAACACAAAGUUAAAUUUAUAAUUUAAUCAGUUUUCCAGAAAAGAAGUUAUGACAGACAGUAUUAAACUUCUGAUCUGCGGAAGCGGCAAUGGAGCCCAUGCCUUCGCGGGUAUCGCCUCAUCACAUGGGGGAACUGAGGUCAGAGUGCUCAGUUUAUAUCAAGACGAGGCUGAACGGUGGAGCAAAAUCAUGCAGACCGCUGACCUGGAGAUCACCUGCCACCGGCGCGACCAAGAACCGAGCAUCAUCAGAUCCAAGCCGGCUUUGAUUACUAAAAAUCCAGAGGAAGCUGUGCGUGGUGUUGACAUUAUAACUUUAGUGCUGCCAGCAUUUGCUCAUCGGGUGUUUCUGGAGGCUUUAAAGCCGUAUGUCGAGCCGGGUGUGAUAAUUGUUGGUCUACCUGGGGCCUCGGGACUAGAAUUCCAGGUUCGGGGAAUCCUGGGAGAGAAAGCAAACAUGUGUACGGUGAUGAAUUUUGAGUCGCUGCCUUGGGCGUGUCGCCUGGGUGAAUUUGGCAGGAAAUGUGAUGUCCUAGGGACUAAGGAUUCAAUGGUAGGAGCUAUGCAGGUAAGCAGAAUCAUUUAAAACGCACGAUGCACGUCGUUGCUACGGAGGCAUAAGGGACUGAAAGUCUGAUUUCUCCAGUUCGAAUUCCGUCAGCCUCGCGCCAGACCUCUCCGUCCUCUAACCCAUGUACCUUCUUUUGAACGCCGAGUGCGUUCGUUGGAAUAUUCCAAAAAUACUACGGCUCAUGUGAAUGAGAGGCUUCUAAAACAGUCUCAAGGACAAUAAACUUGGUGAACCGAAUAACAGAAGAAUGCAAAUAUUUCAACGGAACUCGAAACCUGUUUGAAUGGCCGUACACAUUCGAGAACGGAUAUGUCCAUGUAGUUUGUAUUGUUAGGAUUUUUCGAGUCGACUGUCAACAGAGCAUCAGGUGCUUGCUAGAUGCUCUCACCAUUGUACAUUACCCCUAAUUACUAAUUAUGAUUAUUAUCAUGAUGCAGUGAUAUAACACGUGACUUCUCUAACCUCCAGAGGGUCACUCGAAUCCGUAACAAGACUGGUCUCAGCAUGGCCGCGUUCUUUGUGCUUAGCGAGAUUAUCUCUCCCAGAUAAUCUACCAAGAACUGGAAUUACAAAAGCACAAAGUAAUUGGGCUCGAAAGGCAUCCCAAAUGAGCGUGCUCUAAAAACUGUUUUUUAUUAUAAUUUUUCGUUAGGCUGGAAGAGAUGCAGCACCAAAAAAAGACCCUGUUACUACCCUACAGAGUCUGAUUGGCGACCACCCUCGUUUGAAGGUCUCCGGGCACCUUAUUGGGAUGACUCUUAUGAGUCCUAACGCGUAUGCCCAUCCGUCAAUCAUGUUUGCUCAAUGGGAAGGGUGGGAUGGGAAGCCUCUGAAAGAGGCGCCCCUGUUUUACACUGGGUUGAGUGAAUUAGCAGCAGAAGUCUUGUCAAGUGCCUCCGACGAGGUUUUAAAAGUGAGCAAGGCUGUCAGUGAAAAAUCUGGUGUGGACACAUCACAGGUAAAGACAGGGAAGAAGAAUUCGUAAUGAAUUAAUAUAGGCACACUGAAAAAUUUUAAGAAGCUAAUUGAAGAAUCUCUUCUAGGCUGAUCGCUGAGCGUCAAAGUUUAUGAGAAUUUUCUUCCACAUUAAUUUUUUCCCAAAAUUAUUCCUUUUGACCCCCGAAUUUGUUUUUGUUGUUGCCGUGGUCUGUGUAAUAUAAACUAUGGUUGUACACUCAUGUUCUAUUUUUUCAGCUUUCUACCGUUUUCCCAACCUGUUGGGCUUCAUUUAACUAACUUCUGAUCAGCCUAGUGUCUUUGAUUUCCUCAACCAUCCCAUAGAAAGCGAUAACAUCGCAUAGGAAGCAUAUUAUGUUAACGAAAAAAUAAAGUAAUUCUAUUUUAUGAUGAAAAAAGCAUGUACAUGAAAUAUUUUGUGUGCAAAAAGCGAUCGGUUGGAUUAACUCCCUUUUGAUAAGUUUGUUUCUUUCUCCGCUUCAGGUAACGAGCAUCUAUGAUCUUCUUGUCAAGUUCUAUUCUCACGAAAUUUCCGAUACUUCAAGCCUGCGAUCUUGUUUUUGCACAAACGCCGCGUACCAGGGUCUGAAGCAUCCGAUGAAAGAGAAUAUCAAUAAGUCCUUCGUACCGGACUUCUCUCAUCGUUAUCUGACAGAGGAUGUGCCGUAUGGACUGGUGGUCAUCCGGGGUAUAGCGGAAAUCGUACAAGUGGGGACGCCCACCAUAGACAAAAUUCUUCUAUGGGCCCAAGAGAAAAUGGGAAAAGAGUACCUUGUUGGGUCUAAACUUCAGGGUAAAGAUGUGCCUUCUACGCGAGCACCUCAGAGUUAUGGACUGAUCUCGCUGGACGCUAUUUUGGGAAGAGCCUAGUUUGUGCUCAUAAGGGCGUCUUACUUUCAGUAUGGCUGGUUCAAGAAAUCAUAAACUGGAACACAAAGAUAGAAAAUUAUUGUCAUUAACCUUCAUGUUCCAUGAGGCUUUCGCAGAAACAUUUUCAGGAAAAGAGGUGUCUGCCAGAGGAUAUUUUGAUUUUAGAACGAGUUUUUAUUGUGGAUAGGGUUUGAAUCUCAUUGAUAGAGUGUCGUAAACAAAAGCUGAAGGAAUCAGAACAAUUGAUUAUUUUUAUGCAUUUUUCGUUUGUCGCUGAACUAAUUUUCUAAGAGUUCACGGUAAAUAAAUGAAGACUGAUCGACUCACAAUGUUCGGUAAUGUUUGUGAAUUAGAGCGAAUCCAUCAGUUUAACUGUUGAAACGUCUCCAACUGGCGAACGUUUGUAAAAUUAAACUGUUGUUCCGAUUUUCAUUGCUUAACAAGUAAGAG